AUGAAAGUGACACUGAAAGCUGUCUCCUUGUUUGCGGCCCUGUUUAGCAUUUUAAGUUUCUCCUUCUUGGCGGUGGCCAUCGGCACCGACUUCUGGUACCUCACUGAUGCGUCUAAAUUGGAGAAGUUAACCAACCACACGGACAGCCUGAGCUCCCAUUCCGGACUCUGGAGGACCUGCCGAUUUAAGAGUACCUGCUUACCUUUGAUAAAUCCCUUUAAGUCUGAGAGACAAAACAUCUCAACGUUGCAUCAGCACCUACUAAACAUGCACGGCACCUUCAUGAUCCUGCUGCCUCUCAGCCUCAUUGUGAUGAUUUUCGGAGGAAUGACGGGCUUCAUCAGCAUCCUCGCCCGGACCUACUUCCUCCUGCUGUUCACCGGGUUGCUCUUUCUCUUUGGAGCUCUCAUCACGCUUGCUGGGGUCAGCAUCUACAUUGCCUACUCUCCCACAGCCUUCAAGGAAGCCAUGCGUCUGCUGGAAAAGGAGAUCGUUGUGGAUGUGGAAGAUCUCAACUUCCAUUUUGGCUGGUCGCUGGGCUUUGCGUGGUUCUCCUUGGCAGCAGAGGUUCUUGCUGGGCUGGCCUUUCUCCUGACGGCCAGGAUGGUGGGCCAGAAACAGAGGCAGGACAACUCAAUAUGA